UUCUUCUUCUUCUUCCACCUCCACCUUCACAAAAACGCAGAGUCAGAGAGAGAGGAAAAACUCAGAACUCAGAACUCACUACCAAAAACACCAGCAUCAUCUUAUAUUUGUGCCUCACGAUUCCAGACAAAACCUCAAAUCAGUAUUAUCCGGUCUGAUUUCUUUUGCUGGAAACGUAACUCCAUUCGGAAAAUACUACUUUUCAACUUGCGGAAGCCAAACCGGUAUCACAUAAUCCGAACACCACUUUUUUGAGCUCAACUGUUUCAGAAAGUUGAAAAGAGAUUAUUGUUCUUCACGGAUCAAUCAAAUCAAAUAGUUUUUGUUGAAAGUUUUUGAAGAAGAAGAAGAAACAGGUAUUUUAUUUAUUUUUGGUUUCUCAAGUAGCUCGUGAAAAAUGCCUCAUAGGACGACUUACUUCUUCCCAAGGCAAUUUCCUGAUAAGAGAUUGGAUCCGUCUUCUUCUUCUUCACCGUCGACACUAAUUCAUGAGAAGAAGGAAGUUGUUGUAAAAGAGAUUGUUAAUAAAGUUGAAAAUGAAAGAAAAAAAGUUGAGAAAAUUUCAAUUUGGAAGGUUUCAACUCCAUCUUCAAAUCUUUUUUUCACGGGCGAAAAAGGCAAUAGAAACCCUAAUAAUAAAUAUCAAGUUGGCGUGAGAAAUUAUGAUAAGGUUGUCCGUGACCGUGAAGAACAAAAACGGAAAAGUCAUGAUGAUGAUGAAGAAGAAAAACAACCUUUAUUGCAAGAACCGGAAGAUGAACCGCCAGUUGAGAUGAUUGUUAGUCAAGAUAAGAUUUUAGGACGAGAAUCUUCGGUGGCAUCAUCAGUGAUAACGCAUAGGUUAUCUAGUGAAAGUAGUUUUCCAGGGAGUUUGUUUUCAGGUACUACUUUGGAUGGAAAUGUUUCUACUGUUAGUGAUGUUAAAGAAUCCACACAGUUGUCUAGUGCCCAAGAGGUUCAAGUUGAAAGUACGGAGAAUUUGGCAAAGAGAACGGCAGAGAGUUAUUAUUUACAACUUACACUUGCUUUUCGCCUAUCAGCUCAAGCUUCUCUUGCUGAAGAAUAUCUUUCUUUGCAAAAUUCUACUUCUUUGGAUGCUCCUCAACAUGUUUGUUGCGAUGUAGAGACUGUUUCUUAUCGUCUAUGGGUGAGUGGAUGCUUAUCAUAUUCUGAUAAGAUAUCGGACGGGUUUUAUAACAUUUUGGGGAUGAACCCAUAUCUUUGGUUGAUGUGUAAUGAAUUGGAGGAAGGAAAAAAAUUGCCACCUUUACUAUCUCUCAGAGCUAUCAAUCCCGAUGAUGCGUCCAUGGAGGUUGUGCUAGUUGAUAGACAAGGGGAUUUACGGCUUAAAGAACUGGAGGAUAAAGCACAAGAACUUCAGUUUGCUACAGGAAAUUCUUUAGUGUUGGUGGAGAAGCUUGGUAAACUUGUUUCAAUUUACAUGGGGGGGGCCUUUCCAGUAGAGCAAGGUGAUUUGAACAUGAACUGGAAGUAUGUAAGCAAAAGAUUGAGGGAUUACAAGAGGUGCAUUGUGCUUCCUAUUGGCAGCCUCUCUGUGGGGCUUUGCAGGCAUCGAGCAAUUCUGUUCAAGAAACUGGCUGACUAUGUAGGUCUGCCAUGCCGGAUAGCACGAGGUUGCAAGUAUUGUGCAGCAGAUCAUCAAUCCUCUUGUCUUGUCAAAAUCGGGGAUGGCCAGCUGUCGUCAAGGGAAUAUGUAGUUGAUCUAGUAGGAAAACCAGGAAAUGUUCAUAUUCCAGAUUCAUCCAUCAAUGGAGCUUUACUUGCACCCAUACCUUCACCAUUCCGAGCUUCUCAUCUGAAAAGUUACCAAGAAACAUACGCGGAUGAUGCAUCACUGUCUCAAACACUAAACCUAGACUCGAGCGCUUAUUUUGAGAGGCCUCCAAAUUCGGGUUGGCAUCGCAUGCACUUAGAGGAGAUGUGUACACCUGGAGAUCAAGAUUAUGUUUUGGAAGCCCCUGUUGCUGUGUUACAUAUGCCUGUCCACCAUGCAGACCAAGAUAUCAUUCCAGAGCCUAAGAAAGGAGUAGGAGUAGCUAGAGGUUCAGGCAUGGUCCCGAAAUUGUUGAAUCUUGAGCCAUCUCUUGCGUUGGACUGGCUUGAAAUCCCAUGGGAUGAGUUACAGAUGAAGGAACGCGUUGGUGCUGGUUCAUUUGGGACGGUGCACCGAGCGGAAUGGCAUGGAUCGGAUGUUGCUGUUAAAGUUUUAACUACUCAGGACUUUCAUGAUGAUCAACUGAAGGAAUUCUUAAGAGAGGUUGCCAUAAUGAAACGUGUUCGGCAUCCGAAUGUUGUUCUUUUCAUGGGUGCUGUUACAAAACGUCCACACUUGUCAAUAGUGACAGAAUAUUUGCCCAGGGGUAGCCUUUUCCGUCUCAUACAUAGAGCAUCUGGAGGUGAACUUUGGGAUAAAAGAAGGCGUUUACGCAUUGCAUUAGAUGUGGCCAAGGGCAUCAAUUAUCUCCACUGCCUAAGCCCUCCUAUAGUACACUGGGAUCUUAAGUCGCCAAACUUGUUGGUAGACAAGAAUUGGACAGUAAAGGUGUGCGAUUUUGGGUUGUCCAGAUUCAAGGCGAACACCUUUUUAUCUUCAAAGUCGGUGGCUGGCACUCCCGAGUGGAUGGCUCCAGAAUUUCUCCGUGGAGAACCAUCAAAUGAGAAAUCUGAUGUUUAUAGCUUUGGAGUGAUCUUGUGGGAGCUUGUAACAAUGCAACAACCUUGGAGUGGACUUGGCCCUGGCCAGGUAGUUGGAGCUGUCGCUUUCCAGAACAGAAGGCUAACUAUCCCGCAGAAUACCUGCCCAAAGUUGGUGUCAUUGAUGGAAGCCUGCUGGUUGGAUGACCCAAAGCAGCUACCAUCAUUUAAGGAUAUUGUGGAUAUACUUAAAAAGCUACUCAAGUCCCCAGUUCAGCAAUUACAGAUGGGCGACUCUUGAAGGAUAUCACAGCAGAUGGCUCUAGGCACAAGAAAACAGCUCGCCGUCGGCCCAUGUUUUUUGAGGUUGCCGAUUCUCUAGUUAGUCAUUUUAGUUUAAUCUUGUACACGAUAUAUACUCCAGCUAAGCUCCACUUGAGGUCCAUGGACCUUGUGGAGGGCAGGAUAUCCUAGCAUGUAGAACGUCUUCGUAAAAAAUAAAUGCUGAAGGCAGACCAUUUUUACAUUUUAAUGAGCGAGGAGAUUCAGAUUUUAAGCCGUUUUGUCCCAUUUAUCUAUGUACAAGGGAGUAGAUGAGCAAAAAGAAUAGUGUUUCUCAGUGGUUCCUGCUUCCUGUAGUGGGAUUAUCUGUUCCACCCAAGAAAUGAGUUAUGCUUUUGAUA